GGGGACGGGGUGGGGCUGAUAACCCUCGGCGGGAGGGGGGAGUGAAGCGGGAUCCAAGAUGGCGGCGGCGGCAGCAGUAGGGAGGUGAGAGCGAGGCUCACUUGUGGGGUGGCGGCUAUGCGGGGUAGGGCGUGGGGGGAGGGCUGUUUUCAGAAUGGCUUCCCUCCCUCCGCACCGAAGACCACCAACUCUUCAUUCCUCCUGAAUGACCCUUUAACUUCCGGGGCUCCCCUUCAGCCCCCGCUCCCUUCCCACAGUCGCCUUAUUCCCGCCCUCCAACCCCACAUGGUCUCCCCGCCCCCAUUGUGCUUCCACGUCGCUUCUGGAAUUGACCUCCUUCCCUCAGGGCGCCCCACAGGUGCGCGUGCUGCUCCUUGCCCCGCAUCGCCAGCCCCUGCUCACCCACCCAGCCCAUGGUCCCCGAAUCCCUUGCAGGACCCCUUUCCAUUUCUGCACCCCCCAUAAGCCCCUUCUAAGGCUUGCAGACCCCUUACAGUGCAGCCACCUGCCUACACAUCUGUCUACCUGUGCUGUGCGCACACGAUGCAUUUAAAACACCCUGUGCAAAGAAUCCUGGGAACUAAUUUACCCUGUCAGGGAUCUACAGUUCCCAGCGCCCUUAACCAACUGCACUUCCCUGGAUAUUUUGCGGUGUAGCUAGGCCUCCCAAUGUAUGGUGUGGGUGCGACCUUUCUCUCAUUCAUCUCCACAAUUAUUUUUUAUUAUGAAGCAGAUAAUCCAAUAUUUCCCUUCUGGCAGACCGAGUUCAGGGGACCCUAGUCCAAAACCACCUAAGCAAAACCAAGGCUGGGCUUUGAUUUCAAACUUAGUUUGCAAGAUUCCUCUAGGGAUCUGGUUUAGAUGUGAGAACAGGAUCUUGGACUAGAUGGACCUUUGACUUGAUCCAGCUGUCGUUUGUAGCCCAUUGGCUAGUCCGCCGUGCUCUGUACCAGUUAUUAAGAAGCACAGCACUGACCCUUUUUGCUUGUUGACCAUUUCAUAUUCAAUUACAUUCAUUUUGUAUGUUCUUGAGGACUGGAAACUUUCUUCUGCUGAGAUUUACAGAAAACUAUGAAAAUGAUUUGUACUGUGGACUGUGCUCUGCUCAGUUGUGAACACUGAUCUGCACAUUUUUGCAUAGCCAUCGGUCUCUGCUGUAGAGCAUCUGUUUGGAGAUGCCACUGGCAGUCAGUGUCAAGAACGCUGGGCUAGAUGGACCAUUGUGCCAACUCAGUACAAAGCAGCUUCCUAUGUACCUGUGCUGUGUUCACAGCUCAGUGGUAGAACAUCUGCUUUGCAUGCAGAAGGUCCCAGGUUCAGUCCGCAAAAUCUUUAGAUAGAGCUGGAAGAGACCCCAGCCUAAAACCCUGGAGAGCUGUUGCCAGUCAGCUUAGACAAGACUGAGCUAGGCAGACCAAUAGUCUGAUUCUAUAUAAUAUGGUUUCCUAUGUUCCCUAAUACCCAUCCCUGUUGUAGUUCUUGUGAGUGAACCAUGGCAUGGUUGUGAUGAUUUCCCUUAGUUUUGUUCUUGUUCUGUGCUUCAAAAUACUUUUCAAAAUAAUGUGAACCACCAAAAAGGACAGAUCCUUGCCUCAAGAAACUAUGUUUCGAAAAAGAUGAGCAACCAAAAAAUAAAGGGGCAGUUUUUCUUUUUAUCUUUUUACUGAAACUUCCUUCAGAACUUAGUGCUUUUGCAUGUGAGGUCUUGGCCAGCCCAGGGUGCUGAUCUUGCUAUUAGCACAUGGCUCCUGCAUUUGAGCCUUUGAUCGCUCAGAUGCAGCAUGUGUGGAAACAGGCACUGACCUUCACACCAGCAGUGGAGAGCUCUCUUUGCCCUUUGCACUCUCCCUGUGCCCAUAGUUUUGUCUCUAGAAGCUGCUUCCUGAUCACUGAAUACACAGCAGAUGGCUGGAUCACAUCUUGGCAUUCCUGCUAUGAAUGAGUCUGUUCUUCGAGAACAGGUGUUGGCAGAUUUUACAGUUGCAUCUACUCUAUACACUGAAAGCACUCUCAUGCCCUUUUAAUAAUCAUGACUCCCUGUUUCCCGCUCAAGAAUCCUGGGAACUGUAGUUUGUUAAGGGUGCUGAGAAUUGUUGGGAGAACCUUCAAGAGCUAUGAUCCUCUACAUCCUUAACAAAACACAGAAUUCUUUGGGGAAGCCUUGAUUGCUCAAGUGGUAUAGAAACACUGUUCUUAUUAUGUAUUAACAUACCCAUUUAUUUAUUAAAGUGUUUAUAGACUGCAUUUUCAAAAAAUUUAUAGCAGGUUGGUAUACAGUGUACAAAAUUACAUUAAGAGACAUAAAAACAUCAGUAAGAAUAUCAGCAGAUACUCAUUGGCAAAAAGAAAUCCACAUUGCAAAGGCCUGUCUGAAUAACAGUUUUUUGGAGAUACAUGAAAGGAGGCGGAGAUGAUUCCUGCCAAUCCUUCACUGGCAGGAAGUUUCACAGAGCAGGGGUCACCGAAACCCAGGGUUAUGGGGGACCACGAGAAGCACCCCAUUGCAGGAUGCCAGUGAUCAAGGUAGAACAUAAUGCUGAGGCAGGGCUUUCAACGUGUUGUGGAUGUGAGCAAGGGCCGUUUAGGCGGAAUCCCACUCUGGUGUUUUUACUAAGGCCCCAAGCUCCACCAUUCAGAGACAGGUAUAGUGGCUGGAGAAGAGAAGGAAGCACCUCAUGAGCCAGAAAUGGGGAUAAUGUGCGUGUACAAGUACAAAUCCCCUUGAAUGAGCUGCAUAUGUGGAAUUCUAACUGCCUAAUUUUGAGAGAGAGAAAAGCUUUUUCUUGUUGCUGUUGUUAAAUAAUUAGGAGCCAGAACCCCUUGUUGAUGUUCUGCCAAUGCUGAUUUGUGUGUGAGUGCAUUUUUGCAUGCCUGCCCAGACAUAUAAUUUGGUUACCUACAUUUUACUCUUUUAUUCUGCCUUUUAAUCAUAAUGGUUUUGUGCAUUUCUAAUUGGUUAGUAGAUUUCAGCUGUUGUUUAUCUAUAGUUUUAGUAGUACACCAUGUAAAGAGGUUUGUAAAAAAUAUGUGAUUUAUAAAUCUCCUGCAUCAAAAAAAAAAACAUGUUGUGUAGAUCAGGCACAUGUUUAGUGCUCUACAGAUCCUAGCUUCGAUCCCCAGUACAUCUAGGUCAGGCUGGCAAAGCCUGUUGUCUGAGACCCUGGAGAAACGAUGCCAGUGUAGACAGCAGUGAGCUAGAUGGAGCAAUGGUCUGCUUUGGUGUAAAGCGGUUUUCUGUGUUCCUAUCUGGUGAUCUUUCUUUUCGUCAUUACUAUACUACAGAUGAGAUAAGGCAAUCCAGAAGCCAUCUUUCAGUUGAGAGCUUGCACAGGACCUGUGUUUUUUAAACACUGUGGGGAAGGGCUGUAGUUCCGUGGUAGAGCAUCCGCUUUGCAUGCAGAUGGUCUCAGCAGCCCUGAUUACCCCCCACCAAAGGAUGUUGUUUAAUGCUAGAGUAUGAUUCUCUUAAUGUCAGAGCCAAGGGUUUGAGCCACACAUUGGGCAAAAGAUUCCUGCAUUGCUGGGGUUGUACUUGAUGACCCUCAUGGUCCCUUCCAACUCUACAAUUCUAUGACUCCAUUAUUCUAUCUAUCUUCUGGAGACCAUUCCCAUUCUCCUUUCCCUUUUUCAUUGAAGCAAUUGAGCAGCCUGUGUCAGUGGGAUCUUAGCUUUGAAAAGGCAUUCUGUGUCUGUGCUGCUUGGGUUAGGCUAGUGUAGGAAUUCCAGAUGGCAUCUGGGCCUUAAACAUCCCUUUUGAGCACAAUCCAGGUAGUUGUAGGAUGAACCUUGUUGGUUAAUGCUAGCUGGCCUGGAGCAGGCACCUUGAGUGAGACCCUGGUCCAUCUAGCUCAGUAUUGUCUGCACUUACUGGCAGCAGCACCCCAGGGUUUCAGGCAGGGGGUCUGCCCUACCUCUGCCUGGAGAUAAAUCCGGGGCCGUUUACAUCAAAACGCACUUGCUGUCUCUGUGAGCCAACAGCCCUCAAGUACAACUGGUGGUGGGGAGUCUGCAAGUUAACAAUGUGUUGCAUGGAGAAAUGUCUUCCUUCUCAAUAGACUCGAGAUGGCAGCUCUUGCUUGGUUAGCUCUUUCCCUGGCUGUUGUCACUGCUGUGGACAGAAGCAACUUCAAGACAUGCGACCAGAGCUCUUUUUGCAAGUAAGUUGGGUGUCUUAUCUCUGCUGUCAGAGGAAGACUUUCGAGUGGGGAGAGCGUUGCUGUUGCACUCAGGUCCUGCUUGUGGUCUUCCCUUACUGCUUGCGGUCUUCCCUUACUGUUUGACCAGUACAGUGGUACCUCUGGAUGCGAAUGGGAUCCGUUCCGGAGCCCCAUUUGCAUCCUGAAGCGGACGCAACCCGUGCGUGCGCGGGUCGCAAUUCGCCGCUUCCGUGCAUGUGCGUGACAUCAUUUCGAGCGUCUGCGCAAGCGGCGAAACCCGGAAGUAACGCGUUCCGUUACUUCCGGGUCACCGCAGAGCGCAACACGAAAACGCUCAACCUGAAGCAUAUUUAACCCGAGGUAUAAGAACAGGAUACAGGACCAGGUAGGCCUCCGGCUUGACCCAGGAGGCUCUUAUUGUCUUACAAUAAAAGCAUCAGCCAGCUACUGGUAGCCUUAAUUCUGACUCUCCCCACCGGCCAGAGUGUGCCUCUGAACAGCAGUUCCUGGAAAUCAUUUACUGUUGUCGUCAACAGGCUUCCCACCGAGGUAUCUGGCUGACCAGUGUGGAAACAGGAUGCUGGACUUGAUGAGCAGUGCUUGUCUGAUGUUCUUGUUGUUUAUUUCUUCAUUGUAUUGCUCCAAAGGAGCCCAGAGUGAAAAAUAGCAGCAUUAAAACAAUAUUAAUAAAAGCAGCUUAGAAACAUUUUUUUUAAAGAAAAAAGUUUAAAUGUUUGCCCUGGCUGAGGAAAAAGGGCUGGCACUCAUUUCCUCAACAGGAUUCCUGUUCCCUGAGGAAGGGCUGCGGUCCUUUCCCUGUGCCGUGGAGUUUCCUCUUGUGGCUACGAGUACAGAAACAAACAAGCUUCCUAAAAUGGGAGGGGGGGAUAGUAAAAGGUGGCCCUGAUCAUUUGCCUCCAGUAACCAUGGUUUCCUCUCCCUAGGCGCCAGAGGAACGUGGAAGCUGGGAGUUCACCCUACAGAGCGCUGUUGGAGUCGUUGCAGCUCAGCCAGGAUUCCAUGAAGAUCCAGCUCAUCAAUGAAGCAAACAAGGUGAAAUGAUGAGUUGAAACCCCAGGUAGCCAGGGUGGUGUAGUGGUUAGAGUGUUGAACCUGGGAAAUCGGGGUUCAAAGCCCCACUCAGUCAUGAAGCUCUAUGGGUGACCUUGGGCCAGUCACAUUAUCUUGACCUACCUCACAGGGUCCUUGUAGGGAUUAACUGAGGAAUGGGAUGAACCAUGCACUCUUUGGAGAAAAAGGUAGGAUAUAAAUGCAGUAAAUAAGCUCUUCUGCUUACCUGCUUAAGAAAGCAGAAGCGGCCAGCCAGAUGGAGAUGUCAGUCACCAACCUGGCGCCCAGGGAUCUCCAUGUGGUCGCGAUGGGACCCAUGUAAUUUGCAAAACACGCCUGGUACCUAGCUAAUUUUGAACACUGGUUGGAGGGCAUCUGCAAGAGAGACCUUGGAUAACUGCUGCCCUGGAGGAGAGAGUGCUUGACUACAGUGCCAAAUUUAUGACCUGGUAUAAGGGGACGCGGGUGGCGCUGUGGGUUAAACCACAGAGCCCAGGACUUGCCGAUCAGAAGGUUGGUGGUUCGAAUCCCCGCGGCGGGGUGAGCUCCUAUUGCUUAGUCCCUGCUCCUGCCAACCUAGCAGUUCGAAAGCACGUCAAAGUGCAAGUAGAUAACUAGGUACCGCUCCGGUGGGAAGGUAAACGGUGUUUCCGUGUGCUGCUCUGGUUCGCCAGAAGCGGCUUAGUCAUGCUGGCCACAUGACCCGGAAGCUGUCUGCGGACAAAGGCCGGCUCCCUCGGCCAAUAAAGCGAGAUGAGCGCUGCAACCCCAGAGUCGAUCAUGACUGGACUGGUCAGGGGUCCCUUUACCUUUUUAUAAGGCAGAUAUCCUACAUCUGUGUAGCUCAGUGGAAGAACAGAUGGCUGGUGUAGAGAAGCUCACAAUUUCAACCCCCCUCAGCUCUUCACUAAAAACAACCUCCAUCUGCAAGGCUGGAAAGGCCCUUAUCUGAAUUUUUGGAGAGCUUCUGCCAGCCAAACAGGCCACGCUUGUAAACAUACAUGUAUCAGGCAGCAGUCUCAGCUUUGGGGCUGGAGCCUCAGUGUAAAACAGGGACAGGGAACCUGGGGGCCCUCCAUAUGUCAUUGGACUCCAUCAGCCCCAGCCAGCACUCAGGUACAAUGGGAGCUGUACUCCAGCAACAUCUGGAGGGCCACAGAUGCUCCCACCUCUGGAAAAAGACAGGACUUGACCCUGCUCUCUGCCUCCAGGUCCCUCUCCUCCUCGAGCUCUACGGCUUGAAAGGGAACAUGACCCGGAUCCGGAUCAAUGAGUUGAACCCGCUCAAGCCCCGCUAUGAGGUACCAGAUGUGUUAGUCCAGGACCCGCCCACUACCAGGUAUGCAGAUGGAGGGUCAUUUAUGCAUCCUAGCUCACUGUGGGUUGUGAGGAGAAGGCACAGCGGUUUAGUGUAGGGGCAGGGAACCUCAGGCCCAGGGUGGGAUGGGGAAUUUGCGUUUGUUGCCCCACCCACUUCCCCCUCAAGCCCCACCCACCACUUGCAUGGGGCCUCCAGAAGGUUAUGUCACACUUGUAAAGGUUCCCUGCUUUAAAGGGAACCCUUUUCCCUGGGGCGGGGGAGCAAAACAGCAUCUGCCCUUCCUUUCCUCGUGGGAAGAUCCAGCAAGAUCUUGUCGGGCCCUGAUUGAUUCCCACCACAAAGUAGCAGCAGUCUAUAGUAGGGCUGGGUGAUAACUGAUUUUCAACAUCGCGAUAUAUCACCAGCUAAGCAUCGCGAUAUACUGAUAUGUCACAAUGUCAGAAAUAAGGAUGGAGCUAUGUAGAGGCAUUGGUUGGCUUUACGGUUUUUCUCACAUCAUGAUUAUUGCGUAGCAAAAAAUAUUUGCUAUGCGAAUCACACAUAUCAUGAUUUGUGGUGCAUUGCUAGGUCAAAGACCACGUUAUGAACUUAAAACUGGGUUUGGACGAUACAUCAAUAUAUCACCCAGCCCUAGUCUAUAGAAUAGCGCCCAGGAUCUCGCAUGUUCGAGAUCCUGUUCGAGAUAAGAGCUGUUCGACAGUGGAAUUUGCUGCCAAGGAGUGUGGUGGAGUCUCCUUCUUUGGAGGUCUUUAAGCAGAGGCUUGACAACCAUAUGUCAGGAGUGCUCUGAUGGUGUUUCCUGCUUGGCAGGGGGUUGGACUCGAUGGCCCUUGUGGUCUCUUCCAACUCUAUGAUUCUAUGUAGCCAUGAGGAUAUCUUCCUGCCCUCCCUUUGGACACUUCCCUUUCUUCAUGCCACCCGCUCUGUUCUUUCCCCUUAAUCCUCCCACCCCCGCCUCCCACCAAAGAUUAUCUGUCACAGGCCGGGACGAUAACAGCGUGGAGCUGUCCCUGGGCGAGGGGAACCACAAGCUGAUUCUGACGGCCAAGCCCUUCCGCAUGGACUUGCUGGAAGGGCGGGAGCUGGUGCUGAGCGUCAACUCCCGGGGGCUGCUUGUCUUUGAGCACCUGCGGCAGCGGAAGGACUCGUGAGUACUGGGGCCGUCGGCACAGGGGAGAGGGAGGGGAAUGCUGUUCCUGGCUUCUAGGCAGCUUCUGUCUUCCUCAAACGAAAAAGCUCAAGCAAACAAACAAGGGAAAGGGGAUCUGUCAACGGACAAGAUUGGGGUGUACCUGACAGGUGGGAGCCUGCUGCUUUCAAGUCUUCUAGGGAAAGCGGCUGACCUGGGGAAAUGGGGUGUAGAAAGGAGAGGUCGACCUCCUCUUCCAAUUCACAUCCUUUCCCUCCCUAUGGGUCUACCCUUCCCAUUCCAGAAGGGGUUGGAAAAGAUAUUUGGUAUGAGGCAGGAGUCCUGAUUUGUGGAAAGCGGGGACGGCCUGUUUCAUAGAAUAAUAAUUUGUAGAGUUGGGCGGGACCCAAAGAGUCAUUUAGUCCCAACCCUCUGCAAUAACCCUUUUAGCUGCAGUCCGCACCCUUUUAGCUGCAGUCCGCUUUUUCCUCCAGCAGGAGCAAGGGGUGCUCCCAGUGAGCUAUGUAAGUGCUUCACAGGUGUCUGUAAAAGGGGCCUGUGCCAGAAGCCUUUCUGGAUGUGUUUUUAACCCUGCUUUCUCAUUGGGAAGUGCCACCAGGCAAGACCUGGUAAGAAGAUGGGGCUCUGUGGUGCUUUUCAUCUCCAGCCUCCCACCAGCGGGGGUCACUGUAGUGAUGUCUCAACCUCCAUUCGGGGCUGGGCGAGCGAGCAAAGGCCUCUUUGUAUGGGUUUCACACCCUCUCUUUGGGACACAAGGCCAGAAGUUUCUAUCAUCCAGGAUGUUGGAGAAGAGGGAGGGGUAUAGCUUAGGUCAGCCUUCCCGACCUGGUGCUCUCUGGGCGGUGCUGGACUAUGGCUCCCACCAGGCACAGCCCAGUGGUCAGUGGUGAUGGGAAUUGUAGUCCAGCAACAUCUGGGUGAGCUGUGCUGCAGUGAGAUCCCGGAGGCUGAACUACUUCAUCUCCAAGAUCUCUUCCAGCCCUGUGAUUCAUUCUCUCGAGCGAGAGCAUGUCACAAGCACAUCUCUUCAAGCAGGGCUAGGAAACCUGCUUCCUCUGCUGUUGGGACUCCAGAUCCCAUCAGCCCCAGCUGGCCUGGCUGGGUCUGAUGGGAACUGAAGUUCAAAGUGUCUGGAGGACACCAGGUUGGGGGAAGACUGUGCUAGGGAAAGCAGCAGGCUUUCUGUACAAGGGGUGGGAAGGGGGUCUCAGUUUACCCACCCUCCCCCCUUUUCCCUACCCUGCUCCCCAGCCCCGGUUGUCCUGGAGGGGAGAGCAGGGCCAUUUUCAGGGGUGGUUGGGGGGCUGGCUGGAGGGAUGUGUCUCUACGUCUCUGGGAUUCCUUGCACUGACUCUCGUUGUGUUUUCUGUUUUUGUUGGUUUGUGCCUCCCCCUCCCGCUCGGCCCCCCCAGUUUCUCGGAUAAAGUUAGUAGCACGGUCGUUAGCAUUUGGGAUAGGAUCAAGAACCUUUUCUCUAGGUAAAUCUGCAGCUUCUGCUACUGUUUCUAAAACCUUCCCCACCCACCCCUGCCGCCGCCUAGACAGUGGCUCUGCCAUUCCCUGCCCACCUUUACCUGUGCCGUAUUUGGGAAUCCCUGUGGUUAGUUGCUGCCCUCUCAAAUCCUUGAGGGGUGUGCGGCAGCCUUUAGCUUUGUUUCCAAGGUGUGCAUGAACGCAUUUGACUGUCCCGAUUCCCACAAACCUUGCCUUGAGUAAGUUCAUGAAGUUGAAUUCAUUGCAACUCAUUGCAACUCAGUGCUGUGCUGGCAGCAGCCAAAUCAAAGUGUCCUUGUUAAAAAUAAAAGUAAAAAGUCUGGGUGUGAUCUAGCCAGAGUUAAGUCGUUUUACUUUCAACAUAGUAAAGUUGAAACCCAAUGCUCAGGUUUAUUCUGUUUUUCCUGAAGUUAUAUUAUUAUCAUUGUUGUUACCACCCCAUCAGUGUACAUGGCAUCUUAACAGCAGUACAUAGGGAGGUGUGGGCAAGCUAUGGCUUUCCAGAUGUUGCUGAACUACAACUCCCAUCAUUACUGACUUGCUAGGGCUGAUGGGAGUUGCAGUUGAGCAACAUCUGGAAGGCCAAAGUCCCCCCACUCCUGACAUAGGCAGCCUAAAAUCUUUAGACAGUGGAGAAUUACAGCAAAGGGUUUGGGCAAAAUCCUGGGUUUUGGUUAGGAAUGAGUUCUGGAAGGAUGAGCCAAUAGCCUUGGGGUGAAUGGGAUUUUGAACGGGAUUUGAAUAAAAAGGAAGAGGAAGCUGUCCUACCUCUAGCUCAGUAUUGUCUACACCAGCUGGCAGCAAUUCUCCAGGGUUUCAGGCAGGGGACAUUCCCAGCCCUAACUGGAGAUGCUGGGGACUGAACCUGGCACCUUCCGCAUGCCAGGCAGAUGCUCUGCCACUGAGCUAUGGCCCUUGCUCACAAAUACCCAUGCUCAGAGAGAUGAAGUUCUAGGCAUAAAGGCAUCAAAGCAUGCUUCACUUUGAUUGGAUCAUGUCCUUUUGUCCUUGCCGCCUAUGAUUUCUAACUCUGUCCCAGGGUGUUAAGUAAUUUUCCCGACUCUUUCACACAUUUUGUUUGCUUGCUCUUUAAGAAGAAACACAAAGGUAGUGUGCAAAUGAGGCAAAUAGAUUACCAGAUAUGAUACAAAUGCAUACCAAAGAAAUAUUGUGGCACCUUAAAGCAGGGGUGGAGAACAUUAGUGGCCUUCCUAAUGGUGCUGGACUACUACUCCCAUUUCCCUCGAUCAUUGACCAUGCUGACUGGGGGCUGGUGGGAGUUGGAGUCCAACAGCAUCUGGAGGGCCACAGGUUGCCCACCCCUCCUUAAAGCCUUACGCCAGUGUUUCCCAAACCUGGGUCUCCAGUUGUUUUUGGCCUACAACUCCCAUCACCCCUAGCUUUCAGGACCAGUGCUCAGGAAUGAUGGGGAUUGUAGUUCAAAAACAGCUGGAGACCCAAGUUUGGGAAUCGCUGGCUUACAUGCUUAUUGUGGCACAGUUUCAUGUCUUGAGUCCGCAAAAACAUCUGCCGUGAUAAAAGCCUAAUAUUCAGAGAUAAACGUGUCCCUAAAUUCAGUGAAGUUUACUCCCAGGUAAGUGAGUAUGGGAUUGUAGCCUAAAUUUAUUAGUCUGUUGUUGAGACUCUAGCUCAGCUAGCAUGGCCACCAAUCAGGAAUAAUGGGAGUUGUAGUCCAGCAAUCUCUGGAGGGAGCCUCAUUGUCUGCCACUGCUUAAAGGUCCUGCAGUAUUCUUCUCUUUGUACAUCAUGCAGUUAAAGGACUGUUUUAAGAGUGCCAUAGCUGGUUGCCACGUCUUUAGAGUACGCUGGGUGGCAACGCUGGGCAGUGGUGGAGACCCUGUGGCCCUCCAGUUGUUGUUAGACUCCAACUCCCAUCAGCCCUAGCCACCAUGGCCAAUUGUUAGGGAUGCUGGGAGUUGUAGUUCAACAAAUGUUCUCAUGCUCCAUCAGCCCCAGGCAGCAUAGUCAAUGGUCAGGGACGAUGGGAGCUGUACUCUAGCAGCAUUUGGUGGGCAAAAGGUUCCUCAUGUCUGGUUUACUGCCAUGUAAUGUGUGGAGAAAGUAUUGCGAUUGUAUCCGCAAUUUGCAGGCUGUGAUAAGCCUAAGAGACCAGCCUUGAUGUCAGAUCCAACUUUCUGAUAUGUUUCUUAUGGUCUCGCAAAAAAAGCAAAGAAAACAAAUGAAGUGAAAUUCCCGAAUGUUUGUCUUUUGAAGCAACGUGUGCCAGUGUAGGAGACCAAGACCCAUUUUGCCACUCAUUGUAUAUAAUGCAUUUCCAGUUGCAGAAAUGUUGGACUUUUUAUUGCCUCUUUUGGUUAUUCUCCGUGCUGGUUGGUAUCGGGAGGUUGCUGCUAAUAGAAAUUGUUUCAUAUUGGAGAGGGAGCUCACGCUUUUAAGUCCUUGCCAGAAGGACAAUUCUGAUGGGCGCUUGCUGCUGUCUCCUUUCUCUAUUUCCGUGUAGACCAUGUUUAGUCCUAGAUGAGAGCUUGCGUACUUCCAAACCCAUGGCCCUGCAGGAUUUCCUUUAAACUCACACACUGUGCAUCAGGGGUGUUAUGUAUGGCUUGGUGACAGCAAUCCAAUUCAUGAGAAGAGUCUUCCUUAGAUGUUUUUCUCCCUUAAAAAGUACAUAGAGUUGAAACUGGAAGUUGGAAGAAAGAGGUCCUGUUUCAGCUCCAUGUGCUUUUUUAAGUCUUAGAUUAAUUCUGCUAUAUGUGACUUUUACCCAGAUCUCUUGGAAAAACAAGGUCCGUGCGUGUGUGCUUUUCUCUUUCUGUCUUGUGGGGGGCAGCGGGGAGAGAUCCAGCUGAGGGGAGAGAGAAGUGGCCGGUGGAAGACCCUCACUCAAAAUUCCAAAUGUGCCCCCAGACAUUAAAAAGUUGAUGUGCCCCAGUCUGAGGGGAACCAUUGGCCUUCUAGAUGCUGCUGGACAACAAAUCCCAUCGUCCCUGACCAUUGGACCACAGUGGGUGGGCCACAGAUUCUCAAGCCUAAGUGAAGACCUACACACACACACACACACACACACACACACACACACGUAGCGCACAGUUCCACUCUCUCUGAGAAGUGAGUGUAGUUUUCCAAAUUUUGUAGCACCUUGGAAUGCAUUCCAUACUGCUUACCUGCCCAGGGGGACCCCUUGGCACAUCUGCUGAUGAACCCACAUGCAUUUCAGAGGAUAUCUGAGUGAGCAAGCGCUCUGAUUGUUCAAGGAGCCAACUGUGCUUGUUUAGGGUGCCAUCUUGUUUAUGCGUUAUCUAGCUGUUGCCCCACGCAAACCAAGUGUGCCGAGAACACAUGCAGUAUUCCUCUUCUCUGUUCUUUAUGGGGUAAGGAUAGUAAUUCCUGGGGCAGCCGCUCCACUGUAAGACCUCUGAGGCCACAACCCCAGGCACACUUGCAUCUUGAAGUGCAAACUCACUGAACACCACAGGGCUUGCUUCUGAACUGACAUGCAUUAGACCUGCCUGGUUUAGUUGUUUGGCCGUCUGGGUUUUCAUCAGCUGCUUGUUAGAUGUGCAGAUGAAGAAAUAACAUUUCUAGUGAGAAAACCACCCUUGCAAAUAAGCCUAGAGCAGGCGUAGGCAAACUCGGGGGCCCCCAGAUGUUUUGGGACUACAACUCCCUUCAUCCCUAGCUAACAGGACCAGUGGUCAGGGAUGGUGGGAAUUGUAGUUUCAAAACAUCUGGAGGGCCGAGUUUGCCAGUGCCUGACCUAGAGGCACAACUGCAACACCCCCUUCUUCUUUAGGUGCAGGACGAAAAGUGGCCAGUCCAGAAUGGGAUUGGCAACCAUUUCCAAGAGCCCAGUGGAUUUGGAGCUGAGGGAACCAGAGCCUGGUUUGCACUGUCCUCUGCCCCACAGCUGCCCACACUUCCCCUUCCCCUGCUAACUGGCUGGGCUGUGAAUUGGUGUGUGCUGUGCUGCUUGUAGUGGACUAAUGGUUCCAGCAUUUCAUUUGGGCUAGGACAAAGUUGGGAUUUUGGUUUCCUUUUCCUUUCAAGCUGCCUGGCUGGGGUCAUGGGGUAGGUGGGGAUUCUAGGGCUGAGCCUUCCUUUCUCCCCCUCCCUUUUUUUCUUCCAGAGAACCACCAAAGGAACCAGCGUCAGAAGGGGAGGGGGCUGCUGAAGCCUCGGAUGCCCCUUCGUCAGCGGAACAGGAGUCUACAGAGAAAACCGAGCAGGUGAGCACAAGGUGGGAAAGGUGUUCACCUGCAGUAGCAGUGAGGAACCUAUGGGCCUCCUGGUGAUGGGGGGGGGGGUUCCAACACAAAGCCCCAGCAACCACGGCCAAAGGGUGAUGGGAGCUGUGCUCACCGACAUCAGAUUCUUCACCCCUGCUCUGCAGGGAAUAAGGGAGCUGAAUUCUGAACCAUAAUGAUCGUGAAGUGAACCACAGUCAUGCCAAGCCAUGGUUUUUAAUGAAGUGAAUGAGCCUCUUGGGCUCACUCACUCUUCCCCCAGCGCUGCUUGGAGGAAAUCAGAAGCUUCCAGUUCCAGUUUUGCUUAACCACGGUUUGUUGGAUUCCAAGACUGAGAAGCGGUUAACAAUAACUGUGGUUUGCGUGUGAAGCACAUCGACUUGAAAUGGUGGCUUGGAUUUCCUUUGUGUUGUUCUCGCAGGGUGAGGAAGCACCCAAAGGGGCUAGUGAGACAGAAGAAGAGCCAGGAUCUUGGGAGGAAACAUUCAAGACACACACAGACAGCAAGCCCAAUGGUAAAGUCCUGUUAAGGAAGGCAAUCCCAGAAACAUUUUGUUACUGCCCACUUGGGUUAACGGACCAUGGUUUCAGAUCCUGGUUUAGUAGCCUCUUGCAAACCAUGGUUUGUUGCCAGUGCUGCCAAACCCUGCUUUGGUAUUGAAGUGUAAGACACCUUAAUGCUGCUCCACUUGCCUUCUUCCUAGGCCCUCCUCUCUUUCUCACUCUCUCUCUCUCUUUCUGCAGGUCCAACAUCCGUGGGGCUAGAUUUUUCGUUCCCGGGUGUGGAGAACGUGUAUGGGAUCCCAGAACACGCAGACUACCUCCGGUUGCGAACCACUGAGUAAGCCUGGGGCCUGACAGUGUUAAUAGCAAUGGUGGUGGGAUUCCCUGCACACGCCACCCCCCCCCGAUGGAGCUUAAGCAGUUGCAGGAGGGUUAUAUAUGUGUGCCCUAGAGAUUGGGGGGGUUGAUGGUGUGCUGAUUUCCUAGGCACCCCAAAUGGUGUCACGAGUAUCAAGGAGGCAGCCGCUCCAUUGGAUUCUCCCUGCAUUUUCCCCUACUGUUUCUAAUUGCCAAAUCCUUGGCAGGGGAGGGGACCCAUACCGCCUCUAUAACCUGGAUGUCUUCCAAUACGAACUUUAUAACCCCAUGGCUCUCUAUGGCUCUGUUCCUGUCCUGCUGGCCCAUAAUCCCCAGCGCACUCUGGGCAUCUUCUGGCUCAACGCGGCAGAGACUUGGGUGGACGUCACCUCCAAUACAGCCGGCAAGGUACUGUUCCUCCAAGGGCGCGUCACCCCUUUUACUCCUUGUGUAAAACAUGUUUUCAUUCCUGUGUCGCAGGGAGUUGGACUAGAUGACCCUCGCAGUACCUUCCAACUCUACAGUUCUAUAAUUCUAGGACAAGGAGAUGGCUAUAUUUUUCCUCCACUGUGGCCGCAGUAUUCCUCCAAAUAUCAAUUGCUCGGAAUCACAGAUGGGGAGAGUUAUUGUCACGCAGACUUGCAGGCUUCCCAGAGAUCUACAUCUGUUUGGCCACUAUGAGAACAGGGAUGCUGGACAAGAUGGGCCUUUGGCCUGGUCCAGCAGGACUCCUCUUAUGUCCUCCCUAGCUGAGACACAUCGCACGCACCUGUAUGAGACCCAAAGCAAAUUGAGGUCUAUUGACUUAUUCCUCAUCCAGCUAUAAUGCAAACUAUAGACCACAUCUGCACUAUACAUUCAAAGCACUGUGAUACCCCUUUGACGGUCCCGGCUUCCCCCAAAGAACUGUAGUUUGCUAAGGGUGCCGAGAGUAGCUAGAAGACCCCUGUUCCCCUCACAGAGCUGUAGUGUAAUUCCCAAAGUUCCCAGGGAAGAUGGAUUGAUUGUUAAACCAAUCUGGGAAUUGUAGCUCUGUGAGGGGAAUAGAAGUCUCCUAACAACUCUCUGCUCCCUUUACCAGUUCCCAGGAUUAUUUGGGGGAAGCCAUAAUGGUUAAAGUGGUAUUGUAGUGCUUUGAAUGACUAGUGCGGAUGUGGCCAUAGUUUCUUCUUCAGUUUCUUCUUCCAUUAUUAGUUGGUCUUUUCCACUUUGCUUCAGAACUGGCAUCUCUAUAGUGAGAGGAGCCUCUCCCAGUUUUAGUCCUGCUGGCUUCAAAGGAACUGAGCUGGCAGCUCUUAAUCUAUCACCCGUGCAAUGUCCACAAUAGCUAGCUACGACGGACAUUUCAUUUGCCUCCCUGCCCAUGUGUAUUUCGGUGGCAGCUGAAAAGGGGAUGAAGCGCAACACCUUUGGCAAUCUCUCCCCUGCUGCUGGUGGCUUGAAAGCGAUCCUUAUUGGAAGAGUGGCCAUUUUGCAUCCUUCAAAACAAAGAACUGAAAUCUGUGUGUAAGCUCCCCUGGCAAAGUGCCUUUUAUCAAGCACACACAUACACACCCAAUGCAAGCCAUUCUGAUUACCUACAAUACUCGGAUGUCAAGUGCACUUGGCUCUCCCAGACUCAGGAAGGAGGGGGCAGGCAGGUGGAUGCCAGGGGCUGACCUGGUUCAGGUUGUCAUGGCAAAGUGGCCUGCUGCACAAGAGGAAGACAAGGCAUUGCAUGAAAGCUUGUUCAUGUAAAGCCAAACUAUGGUUUGUUAUUCCACCUGAGCUGAUUGAAUAGUUUGUCACCAGAGCCGUCUUUCCCAUAGGGCUUAGUGGUGUGUUGCACCAGGGCGCCCGCCUCUUGGGCGCCCCAGCAAGUGGGGGAGCUGCGCAGCUUUGCCGGCAGCCUCCCCUUUCCCUGCACGCCCACCAGCUGUGCCCCACCAAUCAUAAGGCUGGCAGGCAUGCAACUUCCCUCCCAAGCCUCUGCGAGAGGAUCGCUCUCCUGUAGCAGCAUGGGGGAGAGUUGCCCCCCCCCCCGGGCUUGCAGUGUGCAGCUAAGGCCUUCCGAACACUAGUCGUGGUAAUUUGGGGGUGCUGGGCGGAUAUUUGUACCCCGGCGCCGCAUCUGCUAAAGACGGCUCUGUAUGUCACCCCCAAACCCUUUCACAGACUCUGUUUGGGAAGAUGUUGGAUUACAUGCAAGGAGGAGGUGAGACUCCGCAGACGGAUGUUCGCUGGAUGUCUGAGAGCGGGAUCAUAGAUGCGUUUCUCCUGCUGGGCCCUACGCCCAAUGACAUCUUCCGACAGUAUGCAUCCCUCACAGGUGAGUGGGACAGAGAUUGUGUUUACUCUGCUUCUGGAGGAACCUGGCUUUAAACAAUGGCAGAGAUUAUCUUUUUCCUUCUUUUCUUACCGUACUAGUCCUAAGGGUAGACUGAAGUCCAUGGCCAUGAUGUAGUCCUUUAAAAAAAAAUAUUACUUUAAGCAAAUAAAUUUUGAGUUUAUCCAAUAAACAGAAGACCCCCAAACAGAUAUACAAGUAUGUAAAUAUCAUUAAGCUUCUGCUACAAUCAAAUGACUAUUUUCAUAAAGUUCCUAACAGUAUAUGUAGACUAGCAUUCUCUUAACAAGGCUCCAUUUUCCCCACAAAAAGCAUGUCUGUCUCUCCUCUGUGACCCUUACUAUAUUUAUUAAUUUUAUAAUAACAAUAAUUUUAUUACUUACACCUUGCCCAUCCAGCUGGGUUUUUCCCAGCCAAUCUGGGCAGCUUCCAGCACAUAGAAAAACUUAAUAAAAUGCCAAACAUUAAAAAAUUCCCGAUGCAAUUCAACCAUAGAUGCAAUAUCCCAAACUUUACUGUUCUGUUCCUCCAAAGUAGGGGCUUUCAUAUUUUUUCCAAAUGUAACGAUUGUUCUGGCUGCAGUCAAGACUAGUUUUCUGUCCCUGAGUCCACUGCUUUCAAGGGGUUUGCUUUGAGUUAGACUUAGUUAGAGGCUCCAGGACAACAUGGGCCCAGCAGUCUGACUUGCUUUAAGGCAGCAUUUCUCUGGCCCACCCUCUGCGGGCAUGAAGAUGGGCAGGCGUCCUCGGCUGACCUUCCUUUCUCUCAGGAACCCAGGCCCUUCCUCCGCUCUUCGCCCUGGCCUAUCACCAGAGCCGCUGGAACUACAACGACGAGGAGGACGUGAGCACAGUGGACAACGGCUUUGACGAGCACGACAUUCCGUACGACGUCAUCUGGCUGGACAUUGAGCACGCUGACGGCAAGCGCUAUUUCACCUGGGAUCCCAACAAGUUCCCCCGCCCCCGGGAAAUGCUUCAGGGCCUGGCAGCCAAGAGGCGCAAGGUGAGGUCCCUAGCUCUGGGACACAGGUGGCGCUGUGGAUUUAACCACAGAGCCUAGGACUUGCCGAUCAGAAGGUCGGCAGUUCGAAUCCCCGAGACGGGGUGAGUUUCCCGUUGCUCGGUCCCUGCUCCUGCCCACCUAGCAGUUCGAAAGCAUGUCAAAGUGCAAGUAGAUAAAUAGGUACCGCUCCAGUGGGAAGGUAAACAGCGUUUCCGUGCUCUGCUCUGGUUCGCCAGAAGCGGCUUAGUCAUGCUGGCCACAUGACCUGGAAGCUGUACGCUGGCUCCCUCGACCAAUAAAGCGGGAUGAGCGCCACAACCCCAGAGUCGGCCACCUGGACCUAAUGGUCAGGGGUCCCUUUACCUUACCCUAGCUCUUAGGUUUCCCUGCAGGGACCUUGGAGCUUCCGCACACCCCACGAUCAUCUGACGUGUACCAGACAUUAAUGACAUGUAACCAUGGGCCUAGAGCCUGGGUGGGGAACCUCAGGCAACAAUGCGGACCUCUAUCUGGCCCCUGGGACUCACUCCCCAGGCCACACUCCUCAGUGACCCUGCUUUGCACUGCAGAUAUUUUCGUCUGGCUGGUAUGUGGCCUGCAGCUCUGAUCAUCUUCUUCCUUCCCUGGAUGGGGGAUAGGGAGGGGUGCUUGAGUACUGUAUGAACGUAAAAUUAACAUUUGUUGCUCUGCCCAUUUUUGCAUCUGAUCUGGCCCUCCACUGGCAUGUGGCCCUCAGAGGGUUACCUAGAAGGGAGUGCAGUCCUAGUGCUGAAAAUGCUUCCCCACCUCUGCCUUGUUGUUGGCAUCCAUCUGUCCAGAGAGACAAUGGAGUAUGCCUCCAGGGGUGAAUUCAAACUGCUGUGUUAGCAACUUAGAACUGACCUCCCUGGGGCACAAGCCUGGACAGGGUGUAUGGAGGUCCUGGGCUGCCCAGAAGACAAGACUCUCCUCUUGGCUUCUCUGGUGUGGUCCAAAGGAAAGCAAAGCAAUACACUUGGCUGCAGGAGUUGCUGGAGGGAGGCAUACAAGAUGUCAUCCCACCAUUUUAGGGACUCCACUCCGGAUUUCCGUAGGGUUUACUCCUUAGCCGUUUCUUCUCCCAAAGAUAUCCUGCAAGGCAGCGGAGAAUAAGGAUCAGAGUUUUCCUUCUCCUAGAUGGGCUACCUUCCCAGGUGGACAAGCCCCACCUGCCCCUCACUUCCCUCUGCAGCACAUGCAGAAACCACCUUAUUGACCAUCGGACCCACUAUUGGUAUCACCUGCUCAAUCCUCCGGAGCCUGUCUUUACCUGCAGGGGAAGUCCCUAGCUCACCCGAGGGUUUGAGACCCAUCCAGCUUCAGUGCCCUGCAUAGCAGUCUCCCCUGUCACUUGCAAACCCAGAAUAAACGACGCAGAGGAAGACAAACAAUUCAAAUUUGGUCUUUCUCAAGGCAGGGGGCGGUGCUCAGCCCAACUACUUUCAUCCCUGACCACUCUGGUUUUUCUCAACUCAGAUGGUGAGCAUUGUGGACCCGCACAUCAAAGUGGACAGUGCUUAUCGGAUCCACAAUGAGAUUCGCUCCCGGGACUUUUAUGUCAAGACGAAGGACGGCAGUGACUACGAGGGCUGGUGUUGGCCAGGUGAGGAAAGUGAAUUCGGUUGAUGAGGCAGGAGACUUGUUUUGCUGUGCUCCUGGCGUUUGGGGCCAGCACCGACUGGCAGUCAUGUGGGUCGGCCCUCUUGAGUGGCAAACCCUUGAGUGCCAUGAAAGGACAGAGGAUUCUCAGCUUUCAUUAUACAUUAUAGCAGCCAUCAGAAUUUUCCAUGGGAAAAGCUGCAAAGGCAAUAGGAAAUCAAAUAAAGUAGGUUUACUUAAGGAAGCUGAGGGAACAACUAAGUAUUGUAAAAUGAACAGCUAUGCUUAGAGACAAAGAAAGAUUUAGAGAAGCUAUAAAUGGUUGGAGUUUAGUAACACAAUAUUUAAAGAAACCUAAAACUAGCAAUCUCAGGAGAAGGAAUACAUCACAAGUGGCCCUCCUGAUAUUGCUGAACUACAACUCCCAUCAUCCCUCACAGUUUGCCACACUGGCUGGGGCUGAUGGGAGCUGGAUCCAAAACCUUCUACAGGGCAGGCACCACAUUGACUACCCCUGGAAUAGAUUGUAUGCAUUUUUUAAUAUAACUUACACACACACACACACCGAAAUGUGGGUGGAUUAUGGCCAAUAUUUAAUUUUGUAAAUACAGUGGUACCUUGGUACUCGAACGGCUUGGCUCCUGAACAAAUCGGCUCCCAAACGCCACAAACCAAGAAGUAAGUGUUCCGGUUUGCGAACGUUUUUCGGAAGCCGAACGUCCAACGCGGCUUCCACUUUAGUGCAGGAAGCUCCUGCAGCCAAUCAGAAGCCGCGCCUUGGUUUUCGAAUGGUUUCGGGAGUUGAACCGACUCCCAGAAUGGAUUAAGUUCGAGAACCAAGGUGCCACUGUAACUGACUAUUCAGUGGCAAUUUUAAUAUAUAUAUUUAUACUAUAUAAUAUUUAAGCUGUUAAGUAAAUCUUAGGAGAAAGCAAACCACUCAGAAAUAUGCAUACAUCUACCAACGGUUCUAUAACAACAAUUUUACUGAUUUGUGUUUCUUAAUAUAUUGUACUAUAUUAUUUGUUUAUAGUGCACCAUACAUACUGUUUAUCAUUAAUUUUAUAUACUGCUUGACUAUAGAAAACCUCAAUGAAAGUGGUUUACAGAAAAGAAUAAAGCAGCAAGAUUCAUAGUAAAAACAAAACAUUUUUAAAAACCAGCAAUAAACUAAAAACACAUCAUUUUAUUCCGCUUUAAAAAAAAAGAACUAUCAUGUGUUGAAUAUUUGUUAAACCAAAAUGGAAGGGUCUGGCCUAACUCUUUGCCUCCUUUUGCCCAGGCUCAGCAGGCUACCCGGAUUUCACCAACCCAGAGAUGCGUGCCUGGUGGUCCAGCAUGUUUGGCUACGACCACUAUGAGGUAGGCAGGUGGUUCACCUCUUUAGCCAGGGCCUUUUCAACUCUGGCUCCGGCCUGGUGGAACGCUCUGCCUCAUGAGACCAGGGCCCUGCAGGAUCUGAUUUCUUUCCGCAGGGCCUGUAAGACGGAGUUGUUCCGCCUGGCCUUUGGCUUGGAGCCAAUUUGAUUCCCUCCCCCUCUUUCUUUUUUCUUUUCCUUUCUCCUCCUGCGAUGAGGUUUCAGUAUUUUAAUGUUGUAUUUUAAUUUUGUUUUUAAGUUGUAUUCAUUCAGUUUGUUUUUAUUAUUGCUUGUUAGCCGCCCUGAGCCUGGCCUUGGCUGGGGAGGGCGGGGUAUAAAUAAAUAUUAUUAUUAUUAUUAUUAUUACAGUGGUGCCCCGCAAGGCGAAUGCCUCGCAAGACGAAAAACUCGCUAGACGAAAGGGUUUUUCGUUUUUUGAGCUGCUUCGCAAGACGAUUUUCCCUAUGGGCUUGCUUCGCAAGACGGAAACGUCUUGCAAGUUUGUUUCCUUUUUCUUAACACUGUUAAUACAGUUGCGACUUGACUUCGAGGAGCAACUCAUACAACGCGGUGUGGUAGCCUUUUUUGAGGUUUUUAAAGAUUUUGGUGAUUUUUGAAGCUUUUCCAAAACUUUCCCAACACCGUGCUUCACAAGACGAAAAAAAUCGCAAGACGACAAAACUCGCAGAACGAAUUAAUUUCGUCUUGCGAGGCACCACUGUAUUAAGCAGGCUCAGGCUUCAGUUUUGGCGCAGAUAGCCCUUCCUGGGCCCUCUCCGCCAAUUGGCUUUCCCUCUCCUUCGGCUUCAGGGCUCCAUGGAAAACCUCUACACCUGGAACGACAUGAACGAGCCCUCCGUCUUCAACGGCCCCGAAGUGACGAUGCACAAGGACGCUGUGCACCAAGGGGGCUGGGAGCACCGUGACAUUCACAACCUGUAUGCAUUCUACGUGGUGAGCACUGCCUUCCUUUCCCACUCCCCCUUUCUGGGCCAAGAAAAGCUGAAGUCCACGACGUGACCGGUCUAUUUGCAAAUGAAACAGCUUUUGCUAGCUUGCUCCCCUCCAGGGUGGCUGGGGUUGAUGGGAAUUGUAGUCCAAAGCAUCUGGAGGGAACCAGGUUGGUUUGGAACAUGUCUCUCAUGUGGUCUUCCAAGGAACUCAAGUGGGCUGGGAGGUAGAUCAGGAUCUGCAGGAAAGAUCGCUGGAGGCUUGCGGACGUAUUUCUUAUUCCCAUGGCCAGUGGUCAGGGUUGAUGGGAAUUGAAGUCUACCAGGCAGAGAGCCUUCUCGGUAGUGGCACCCGCCCUGUAGAAUGCCCUCCCAUCAGAUGCGAAUAAAGAUCUAUCUGACUUUUAGAAGACAUCUGAAGGCAGCCCUGUUUAGGGAAGCUUUUAACAUUUGAUGAAUCAUUGUAUUUUAAUAUUCUGCUGAAAGCCACCCAGAAACCCAGCUGGGAAACCCAGCCAGAUGGGCGGAGUAUGUAUGUAUGUAUGUAUGUACAGUGGUACCUCGCAAGACGAAAAACGCGCAAGACGAAAGAGUUUUUCGUUUUUUGAGUUGCUUCGCAAGAUGAAUUUCCCUAUGGGCUUGCUUCGCAAGACGAAAAACGAAAACGUCUUGCAAGUUUGUUUCCUUUUUCUUAAAACCGUUAAUACCCUAUGGGAAACCGUGCUUCGCAAGACGAAAAAUUCGCAAGACGAAAAAACUCGCAGAAUGAAUUAAUUUCGUCUUGCGAGGCACCACUGUAUGUAUAAAUAAAUACAUAAAUAAAUAAAUAAAUAUCCUUAUUAUUAGGGUGGGUAGGGGGUGGCACAGGCUUCUCAUCCCUGGAUCAGUGUGGCGUAGUGAUUAGAGUGUCAGACUUGGACCUGGGAGACCCCCUAAUCCCAACUCAGCUUUGAAGCUCUUGGGCAACCUUGGGCCAGACACUGUCUCUCAACCUGACCUACCUCAGAGGGUGUUGUGAAGGCAAAAUGGGGAGGAGAACCAUGGAUGCCACCUUGAGCUCCUAGGAGGAUAGGUGGGAUAGUGAAUGAAUGAAUGAGGUCACCUAGUAAGCUUUGUGGCUGAGUGGGAGAGUCAAUCUUAGGUGUCUCUGGUCUAAGUUCUAACUGCUAGAGCACAUUUGAGGAAACUAAGCAGGCAUGAAUCUGAUCAGUACUCUGGAUGGGAGACAGACAAAUCAUAACUUCUAAAAUUUGUGUUAAAUUUAAGAGUUGGAUAAAUUAUAACCAAUUAGGUUGUUGCAGAUAUCUGAUUGUUUUCUACAUAAAAACGAUUGAUUACACUUCUGCACACUUUUGUUAGUCAUGAGGAGGGGCAAGGCGGUGAGCCAAGCUUCUCAGAUUUCAACAGCCCCGCGCAGGAAUCCAAGCAUGUAUAGGCAUGAGGGCUAGAAGCUUGCUUUAUUUUAUUUUAUUUUGAAAAUCCACGAAGCAGAAUUCUGUGCCUAGAACCACAUUCUGCGCUUGGUCCUGCGUUCCGUCAGAAUCAUAAUAUAUAUACAUGUGCCAUAUUCUGUUUGAUGAGGGCUGCAAGGUUUCUGGGCUUGGGUUUGGGUAUUAAGUUUGAUCACGGUUUGAAGUGUCCCCAUAACCACUUCUUUUUUUCCCCACUGCCGGCAGCAAAUGGCAACAGCGGAGGGGCAGGUGAAACGGUCGGGAGGCUUGGAGCGUCCGUUUGUGUUGACUCGCGGCUUCUUUGCGGGCUCACAACGCUACGGUUAGUGGUGCAUGAGAUGGGAGGAGGGAAGAGCCAUUGCUCAGUGACAGGGCACCUGAUUUGCAUGCAGAAGGUCCCAGGUUCGAUUCCCCGUGGCAUCUCCAGGUUGGGCUGGGAAAGACUCCCCGCCUGAAACCCUGGAGAGCUGUUUCCAGCCAUUGGAGACUGUCCCGAGCUACCUGGACUGAUGGACUGGCCCUGUACAAUAUGGCUUACUGUGCAGCAGACCUGUAGGAAGAAAGGCGGGAUAUAUUUGACAAAUAAAUAAGACAGAGAAUCAGAGAACUGUAGAGUUGGAAGGGUCAUCUGGUCCAACCCCCUCCAAUGCAGGAAUAUUUUGCUUGAACUCACAACCCAGCUGUCAAGGUAGUUUAAAGAACAUGGCACAACAUUAAAAUAAAAAAGAACCACUUUGCCAUGUAAACUCUGCCACAGGUAAAGGUAAAGGGACCCCUGACCAUUGGGUCCAGUCUUGGCCGACUCUGGGGUUGCGGCGCUCAUCUCGCUUUAUUGGCCGUGGGAGCCGGCGUACAGCUUCCAGGUCAUGUGGCCAGCAUGACUAAGCCGCUUCUGGCGAACCAGAACAGCACACGGAAACGCCGUUUACCUUCGCACUGGAGCGGUACCUAUUUAUCUACUUGCAUUUUGACGUGCUUUCGAACUGCUAGGUUGGCAGGAGCAGGGACCGAGCAACGGGAGCUCACCCCGUCUCGGGGAUUCGAACCGCCGACCUUCUGAUCGGCAAGUCCUAGGCUCUGUGGUUUAACCCACAGCGCCACCCGCGUCCCAGCUGUCAAGGUAGUUUAAAGAACAUGGCACAACAUUAAAAUAAAAAAGAACCCGUCUGCCAUGUAAACUCUGCCGCAGAGGUUAUACCAAUUCAGUAAAGACUAUUAAGCUGAAAGCUCCUUAAGGAGCCUGGGGUGUGUGUGGAGGGGGCAGGCAUCCAGACUGUAGGCAGGCUUCCAAGGCAGGGCUGAGGACACCUUUGACCUUCCAAAUGUCGUUGGACCCCAACUCCCAUCAGCCCCUGCCAGUAUGGCCUGCGGUGAGGGGUGAUGCGAGUCCAGCAGGUUAGGGUCACAGGUUAGCCUCUUGUGCUCUAAAAGCUGUCAUCAAGGACUCAACAAAGCCGGCCUUCCUGGGGAGGGAGUUUCAGAGCCUAGGUGAGGCCACAGGAAAGUGGCAUGUUAAGAGAUGAUUUGUGCACAGGUUGUUCGCUAUUGCACCUUCUUGUUGUCACCCUCUGCAGGGGCUGUGUGGACAGGUGACAACGCAGCAGAGUGGGACCACUUAAAGAUCUCCAUCCCCAUGUGUCUAAGCCUGGCUCUUGUGGGCAUCUCUUUCUGCGGAGGUAAACCCUACGGGGUUCAGAUAACCUGUGUUGAACCCGUGGCUUAAUAAUAAUAGUAAUUGUUAAUAUGGCACUUCUGAAUGCUACACAUUUGACCUACUUACCAUACAACACUAAACUGUGGUUUAAUUCUUCAUGGUUGAGCCUCCAUAAGUCUGCGGGAAGCAUCAGACUCCUUCACGCCCUUACACGGUGAGGAAGAGGACAUACACCGAGUUAGAAUCUCAGCUUGGUGUUGCAUACAAACCGGGAGCCAUGCUUUACAGGAAACAAUGGUUAGUAGCUGAACAAGCCAAAUGGUUUGCUGGAAACCGCGACCUGAAAAUUGUACAAGCUACUAAGCUGAGCUUCAUUAGAAGUGAAACUGAAUUCAGCAGAAGUCAUCUUUCCAGCUGCACAGAGGGGGGGGUCACAUGAGGCCAACAUGUGGUUCGCUGUCACGGGAGGCUCAUCCAUGCGCUUUAAUGUUACUUGUGGACACAACCAUUUCUUGAGAUUCUUAAGACCAGGGGUGGGGAGCCCUCAUGACUCUCCCCAGGCCACACCCCUUACUUUGCUUUGCAUCCUGCUUGAGUUUUUGCUUUGGUCAGAUGUGUCCAACUUGUGAUAGGCUUCCAAGUUCCCCAUCUCUGCCUUAACCAUCCUGGCUCUUGUUGGCUUGUUAGAAGCAGAGUGCUGGACUACUUUGACCCUUGGUUCCAGCUGAACUGAGCUGCUCUUGGAUUCUUAAAGGAUACUAAAAGUCUCGAUCUUUCUCCUGCCUUCCCUCCUCCAGCCGACGUGGGUGGCUUCUUCAAAAACCCCGAGCCGGAGCUGCUGGUGCGCUGGUACCAAGCGGGAGCCUACCAGCCCUUCUUCCGAGCGCAUGCCCACAUGGACACCACCCGCCGGGAGCCCUGGCUCUUUGGCGAAGAGAACAAGGCCCUGAUCCGGGACGCUGUUCGCCAGCGCUAUGCCCUCCUGCCCUUUUGGUACACCCUCUUCUACCACAGCUACCGUACUGGCCAGCCUGUCAUGAGGUGAGCGACAUGGUGUGAGGGGGUCUCUCCAUUUUAGGAAAGGGUGACUUCAGCUACCUGCACGUAGACUGGCUAUACAGGUAGGUGGUCCAGUCUCAGCAGAGGUGCUGUUACACAAAGCAGGGGCAGCAACCCUGAAAGCCCUGCUCCAGGUUACUAGCUGUGGAACAGCUGCUCCACCUCCAGAGACCUCUGCCUGAAAGGAAUGAGAGCUUUGAGCAAUGGAAAGCUGAAAGCAGACCUCAUAAACGGCAUGAAAUUUAAACUGAGUGAUGCCUGAAGCCCUAGAUUCUUUUUCAGAUUUCUAGCCAGCUGCAAACCAGGGUUUAUCCGUUCACACAUUGCACCAAACCAGUAGUUACGUUUCCUCAAGCCUGGCUUGGUGUGUGAAAUCAACUGCUAUGGCAGAUGGUGCUUUCCCUACUGCUGUGUCUCUACUGCUAUCACAACUCUGUUUUCCCCCUCCACAGACCUCUUUGGGUGGAAUAUCCCCAGGACGCUACAACAUAUGCCAUUGAUGACCAGUAUCUGCUUGGUGAGUGUGGUGAAUCCCAGGGUUGAUUUUGCUUCACUUCCUGUUCUCUGGCAAGAAUCUUUACAUUUUAACGUCCAACAGCCAUUUUGGUUCUUGAGCAUUUCAACUGAGAAGUUAGGGGCACACUUCCUUGAGUUAUCUUUUCUGUGAUCACCAGGUUCUAUACGUUUUUGUACCAUGGGGAUAUUUGCAGGCUCUGCAAAGUUUUCUAUAUCCUAGCUGCUGCCAGCAGCCAUCUUACCUAUUCUUGAGAUUAUAAGCAUUGACUUUUUCCAAGUUUUCACAAUUGUUAGAAUUGUGUUAAUAUAUAUUAAAAAAUAAUAUAGUAAAGGCCAGCAGCUCAAAAAGGGGAUUAGACAAAAUAUUGGAGGAUAAGGCUGUCAGUGGCUCUAUUUUGCCUGUAGUAUCAUAAGCAGAAUACCAGUUGCUGUUUUGCUCAGGUCCUGCUUGUGGGCUUCUCUUUGGCAUCUGGUGGGCCACUGUGGGAACAGAAUAAUGGACUAGAUGGUCCUUUGAUCUGAUCCAACAGGUCUCCUCUAAUGUUCCUAAUUCAGAGGCAGAUUACAAGAGGAGCAGUUAAUGCAAGUUUCUAGAUCUCAUGCACUUAAUCUGUUUUCUUCCCUUUGCAGGCGAUGCCUUGCUGGUUCACCCAGUCACAGCACAGGGGGCCCGAGGCGUGCAGGUCUACUUGCCUGGCAAAGGAGAGGUAAGUGAGGCUGGCAGAGCAGAAAUGAGGCGUGAUGGGGUGGGAGAAGGAGAGUUGGCACUCCUUUGUCAGAGUGUAUAGCAUAGAGAGUGAGCAACUCUGGCAGUUCCUUGGCGUUACCUGUGUCCAGUGCUAAGGAAAUGGAAGGCUGCGAUACCCAGAGGGAGAAAGAGGAGACAGAGAAGGGGUGGCAAAGGGAGAGAGAAAGUAAAGGGGAUGGCAGAGAGACAGACAUAGGCAGAAGGGGUGGUCUUGCCCACUUUAGGCUCUAGACCUAUCUACUUCUGGCAUGGGGCCCCACAUAUUGACUAUGAGGGGCUGCAGCCCCCAACAGAAGAAAGAACAAGAUCGGCCAGCCCUGUUUUAAAUUAACCCUGACGCUCCCCAGCACUCCCAGGAUUCUGUUUGGAGUUUGGAGUGACAAGUCCUGUGGAUGUCCAUAGUCCUCUGUCAACCGUCCCUUAUUUGGCGGGAAACGCCCUUAUCCCACGCCGUGUCCCGCUGCUGUCCCUUAUUGAUGAUGUCCCUUAAAUUUCCCGGGUUUCAAAGGAAGCAGCUCCUCUCCCUCCCUCCCUGCCGGCCAGGGAGGAGGGAGGCUCCAACUGUGUUCUUGGCUGCGUUGCUCACCCAAUAAGGAGUCUAAGAACGACUGGGGGGUGGAGCUUGCAUGCCUUGUGCUGAUCAAAUCAGCCGCAUUGCCUGAGGAUUCGCCUUUGCUCAGCACUUCCCAGCGGAGAGGUGACGGUGGUUUUCCUUGCUGCAUCCCCUUUGCCGGGUUGCUGCGCUGUGGGAACCACUGCUUGAGGCUUCGUUUGGCUGCUGGCUGGGCUUUCUGCCUUUGGCUCGGAGGGGCUCAGAAGUUGAACAUACCUGUGCCUGGAAAAUCCCUUAUUUUGGCUGCUGAUCCCUUAUUUUCGAGGCUGCUGGUCCCUUAUUUUCAAAUCUGUAAGUUGACAGCUAUGUCUCUAACGUGCCUUUUUCCACUAUGCAGGUUUGGUAUGAUGUCCACACUCACCAGAAACUUCAUGCGCCCCAAACCCAUUAUUUAGCUGUCACCAUGAGCAGCGUAAGUCAAAAGGGGGGAGAGGGUUGAUGGGGGGGCGGGGGGGUUCCUGGAGGGAGAAAGAGAACCAAGACAGGGCACGGAAGCCUUGCUUACCUGGCCACUGGAGGCUUUUGUCUCUCACCCCCCCCUUGGAACCACCACUUAGGAUUGUAUAUUUGAAUUCCGUUCAUGAAUCUCUUUCUACGAAACCUCUCGAAGCCAUUAACAAUAGUGGGUUGCCACAAGCUGUGUUGUACUCAGCGUAGACUCACUAAAAUUAAUGGACCUCAGUGAGUUUCCUCUGAGUAGGACUAGCAUUGGCUUGCAACUCAGUAACACCAAUAUUUUUUAAAAAACAACAGCAACACCAGUUUUAUAUACAGUCGUACCUUGGAAGUUGAAUGGAAUCCGUUCCGGAAGUCCGUUCGACUUCCAAAACGUUCAGAAACCAAAGCACGGCUUCUGAUUGGCUACAGGAGCUUCCAGCAGGAAGCCGCAGAAGCCCCGUCGGACAUUUGGGUUCCAAGAACAUUCGCAAACCGAAAGACUCACUUCCAGGUUUGAAGUGUUGUAAAAAAAAGCACCGAAAAGACAAUAAAGACAUUUCUAUACCACCUUCUUUCAAAAGACCACACAGUGGUUUACAAUAUAGUAACAUACAUAGCAUAAUAUCACUAUGCUGCAAAAAAUUAAACCAGGUGGAUAGCAGUCAGUAGUACAGUACAUAAUAAUUCCUAAUACACAAUACUGUACUUGUUUACACAGAAUAGUAUAGAAUAUAUCAUGAACAAUGCAGAAUAGUGUCAAUACAGUAGCAAACUCUACAACUUAACCCCCUGAUCCGCAACGCUUCUCUGCAGAUUCCUGUGUACCAGCGUGGCGGCAGCAUCGUGGCUCGGAAGGAGCGGGUCCGGCGAUCUUCGGACUGCAUGUACAAUGACCCUUACACCCUCUACGUGGCCCUGGGCCCCCAGGUGAGGUGGGAAGGAGCAAAGAGGGACAGGGCUGUGGGAGAGAUGCUCUACAACAGGCUUUCCCAAACUUGGGUCUGCAGUUGUUUUUGGACUACAACUCCCAUCAUCCCUAGCUAGCAGGUCCUCGCUUCAUCUCCUCCUUGUGAAUUUCUGCCUAGCUGGGAUGCAUCCUUGAACUCUCAUUUUCCUGGAAGGAGGAAGGGAGCAGUGUGUGUAGGGAACUAGUCUAAAGUGCUAUGCUUUACCAUCUUUGCCUCUGGCUCCACCCACCACUGGUAUGUGGCGCUCGGAAGGGAACGGGGCUACUCAGACUGCAGAGGUUUACCCAUCUCCUAAACCCAUUCCACACCACUGCCCUGAUGGGGAGAGAAUGAAAAAUCUGGGAGAGUGGCAGCAGCAAUGAAGAGGAAGAGGCUGCACAUAGUGUGUCUUGACCAUGGUAGCGCCACUCUCUCCCAGAACCCACCUGGUGCAGGAUUUAACUAGCAGGACCUCCUCGCUUUCUGUGUCAACACACACCCCCACUCCUCUUUACAGGGCACAGCAGAAGGAGAGCUUUUCGUUGACGACGGGCACACAUUCAGCUUCGAGACAAAGGGGCAGUACCUCCAUCGCCGCUUCAGUUUCUCCGGCAACACGUUGACGGCAAGGUACUGGGCCUCCCUCCUCUUUCCCACAAAAUCCCCACCCCAGACCAUCUAUCCUGCCUGGUUGGUGCUGCUACUUCUGACUGAGGUGGUCGGCCUGUGAUUGCACUUCAGAUUGCAGGUGGGGCAGUUUCAGGAUUAAAGGCUCCUCUCCCCACUCAUGGAAAGUUAACGUGCCAGGGAAGAGCAGUCCUACCCAGCCUUGACAUGCUAGGUUUCUACAGGCAAGGAUUUUUUUUCCUGUAACUGGUGGCCAUUCAACCAUCAACACCCCCACUUAAAGUUUGGAACAGUACAGCCCAGACGUCAUGGGUCUGACCACCUCUGUAAUACAAAGACCAGAAUUGCCUAUUUUAAUGUAGUUUCAGAAUUAUUUAUUUAAUUGAUGCUUCUGGGACGGUUAUUUGCUGAUGCUGUUUUUGAUAAUGUUUUAUUUGCGGCGGUUGUUUCAGCAUGUUAAUGUCGUCAUUUUGUUAGUCGGCUGUGUAAAUCUUGUAUUACUUUAUUGUAACCUGCCUUGCUUUAUUGUAAGUUGGGUGUUAUGUUUUGGGGGUGGGAUUUAGGUGCCGUCGUUGUUGCCUUUUAAGUAGAGUUUGAGACUACAGUAUCACUUCCCCGCCCUCUAACCCCGCUUUCCCUGCCUUUGUUUUCUCCUAUCCCCCAGCUCCGCAGACCCGAAGGGCAGCUUUGAAACUCCGGCCUGGAUUGAACGGGUGGUGAUCCUGGGAGCCGGGAAGCCAGCGGCAGUGUUCCUCAAACAGAAAGGUGAGUGAUUGGAAAGGUCCUGGGCUCCAUCCACUGGCAUUUCCAUGUUUUUUUUUUGAGGACGGUAGCUGAGUGGAAGAACACGUUUAACAUGGAGAAGGCCCAGGCUCGGUCCUGGGUCCCUCCAUUUAUAGAAGGAAGUAGGAAUCCAGGUGAUGAGGGAAGACUCCCCUCUGCCUUAGGCACCUGGGCAGGAUAGACAAAUUGUGCCUCAUUUCAGUAAGCUGAAGUAUGGUCAUUUGAGCUGGGUCAUAGUGGGGUUUUCUUUGGAGGAAAAGGAGGGGGCCAACAUCUGCUGGCUGAAGUUGUUGUGGCAGGCAGUGAAUACCCCCCAACAGCAAAAAAAAAAUAUUAAAAAAAUUGCUUCCCCCUGCUAUCCAUAAAACUUGAGCAACGGUUUCCUAUGAACUGAACUGCUGUGUUUUGUCUGUGUGCACUGUGAGAAUUUUGGGAAUGGGAAAAGCGGUGUAUUAAUUUUAAUCUAAUCUACGGAACACUUUCAGCUAAGAUUUACAGCAAUGGGGGAUCUUUGGCCCUCCAGAUGUUGCUGGACUACAACUCCCAGAAUCCCUGAUCAUUGGCCCUGUUGGGUGAGGCUGAUGGGAGCUGUAGUUCAGCAACACCUGGAGGGUCACAAGUUCCCCACCCUUGAGCUAAAUCUGACUUUAAACUGUUCUCUAUUGGGAAAGGACGGUACUUCUUUUUCUCAGCUGUGCUCACCUCAUCUCUCUCUCUCUCUCUCCCCCCGCCCCCAAUCCUAAAAGAUGUUGCAGAAUCUCGCCUGGAUUUCACACACGAGGCUGAAACGUCUGUCUUAACCAUCCGGAAACCUGCAGUCAACAUUGGGGCAGACUGGAGCAUUUCCCUGCGAUAAUGCCACGAGGCUGGGUGGGAGGGCGGGUGGGCAGAGGGGUUCAGCUGGACAAGAGGGCUAAGGAAACACUCAAGCAGUGUUGGGGAGUUCUGUGGUGCCUCCCCUUUCGCGGUCAUGUGGGAAGGGAAGGCUAGGUGCUCCCCACCCUGCAGGGGCUCAAGUCCAACAUCCUGUACCACUCAGGCAUGUCUUGGGAGGGGGCGGUGGCGACGAUCGCUUCGACCCCUUCCCCUCCAAUCCUGGCUUGGACUCUUUCUUUCCCCCUGCGUGUGGUUCCAUAGAUUAACUUUAGCAAUAUUUGCUGUAGAAUGAAGAAUCUCUGGGUUGGAGUUGGUUGAGACUCUUGUUUCCCCUCUGCCGGGAGUGGUGGCGGCUAAGAAAGAUCCCUUCCCUUCCCACGCCACCCCACUCCCUGGAGUUGCAAUAUUGGGACCAACCAUUUUGAGGGGCUGGGCCUUUCCAGAGGGGAGGGAUAAUUGAUUUGGUCUCCUCCGUUUCCUAUCCAUCUCCACUUCCCUCUUCAUCUCUCUCCUGCCCAACCAAUUCCUGGCUCCAGUGACUGACCACAAAACGAGUGACCUUGGCAGGGGUUGCCUUUUAACCUUUUCCUUGCCAACAGGUGAAUGUAUGGAGAACUCCCUCUUUCGUUGUCCCCUGCCCCAUGUCACCACUCGCCAUAAACAACAGGGCAACAUGUACAGCUAGCUCACUUGUGGGGAACCUUUGGCCCUUGAGACAUUGCUGAACUACAGUUCCCAUCAUCCCUGGUCAUUGGUCAUGCUAUGGUUGAUGGAAGUUGUAGUUCAGCAGCAUCAGAUUCCCCACACCUGAACUAGAUCGUGGCCAUUCUCUCCCCACGCUCUCUUUUACCCACCAGUCCCAAUACUUUCUUAUUUCUCCCCCCCCCCCCAAAAAAAAUAAUCCUUAGUACUGUGAGAAGGGAUUUCUAUUUCUUCCCGGAGUGGGGAUGGGGGUUAUCUUGGUGUCAGUGAAUCACUGGCACUUCUAUUUAUAUAAUUUCUUGGGGGAGGGUAGAUGAGACAGAUCAUGUGAAGGGAAAGGGGAGGCAUGGUGCGGUUUGGUUAGAAAACCAGGUCCUGGGUUAUGAGAGCAAGCCAAAGUGAAUGUGGAGCGGGGGGGAGGGGUUUGUCCUGCACAGAGAUCUGGAAAGGAAAAAACAAGAGUGGCAGGUGGGCGGGGAAAGAAGCUGCUAAGAAAUCAGGCCCCUUUCCUGCCAGAAAGUGAGGAGAGGGGCCCAUCCUCCUUGGGGUGGAGUAGGACGGGCAGGAUUUUUUCUUUUUUUACUCUUCUCGCUAUGCCUUCCAUCUCUCCCGCUCCUGCUUCCAGCUAUCACUGCUCCUGCCCCCUCUCAGGCUAGGCUGCCUGGCUUGCGUUUGGCCUUGGCCGUCUUGUGUGUGUACGUGGAUUAACAUUCCUGGUCCUGGCUGGUUCUCCCUCGUGCAUUUGCAGGCAAAAGGCCCAGAGCGAGUCUUUUUUCUUUUCUUUUUAAAAAAAUGGUCAAAAUCCCUUCUUUAACACACACACACUUCCUCUCCUCCCAUGCUUUCUUGAUUGUGAUUUCAUCUGCAGGUAUAAAGCUUUCACUGACUGGGUGUUUUGAUAAAAGAUGGACAAUAAAAAAACCAUUAAAAAGAA